AUGGCCUUCCGAGCAAAGCUAACCUAGAGUGAACUAUCGUAGCAUUUGCAUGACCCGAGCAUGGAUAUGGACCUCACGGAGCUGUGUUUCGCGAUCGCGACCCAGGGCAGCGCCGUGUCAUUGCCGGGAAUGCUGGGUCUGGUCCUGGACUGCUCAGAGUCCGCCGCCGGGCUCAAACCCCCUUGGCCUCCCUGCCCGCCGCCUACUGCGUGCGAGUUGCACUUGCGGGCGCUAACGGCUGCUGUGGAGGCUGAGCUGCAUGGUGUCAUGGCGUCAGGCAGCAGGGCAGCCCACGCUUCUCACGGCCAGCAGUGGCGGCAGACACUUGAGCUCAUGUCAGAACUCACGGCGGACCCUGCCGCACCCGAACCCGCGGCACGGGCGGCGCUGGACGGCCUAUCGCGGCUGCUGCCACUGCUCCUAAAGCUGGCGAUGUCCACGGCACAAACACACGCGCGCACGGCCUCCGCCGCCGCAGAACCUAGGGGUGCGGGCCCUAGGGGCACGGUUACCGGCGCGGUCAGCGGCACGCAACCUAGCUUGAGGGCAGCGUGUGAGGCCACCACAUCAAUGGGCCCAGCAACAGCGGCGGCGGCGGCGGCACGGGAGGUGCUGUGGGGCGCGAGCUGUAUGCGGCCGUGCCGACUGGCGGGCGUGGCGGUGUCGGCUCUGUGCGGCAGGUGCGCUGACGUGGAUGCGGUGGCGGCGGCCGUGAAGCUGCUGGGCAGCUGCCUGCAGCUGCAGCUUCAGCUGCACCGGCUGCAGGAGGCCGGAGGCAGCAGCAGCAGCGCCGGCGGCGGCAGUAGCAGCGCCGCCAGCGGUGGUUGCCAGGCGGCAGCAGCAGUAGCAGCAGAAGCAUGGCUACAGCCGCAGGGGGCCGAGUUAUUGUCGGGGGCUGUGGGGUGGCAGGCGCUGCUGGCACAGGUCCGCCACCCGCACCCGCGCGUGCGGGCGGCGGUGCUGCGAGCCCUGAACCAGGCGUGCAGCGCAGCGGCGGCGGCGGCUCAGGAGGAGGUCGAGGGCCGACCGCUCACCGCACUCUCCCCCCUGCUGCCGGCGGCAGCACCAGCACCAGUACCAGUACCAGGCCCGUCUCAGCCCCGCCGCCCCCACCACCACCACCAGCAGCGGCCACACCCGCACCGGCGGCGGCAGCCGCAGUGUCGGCUUGACGGCGCCGCCGCCGCAUCCGCCCACGUCGCCGCCGUCGCGGGCCUGUCGGACGACGCCGAGGAGGUGCGCGCCGCCGCCGUGGCGCUGGCGGUGGCGCUGGCGGCGGCGGCGCCUGGCCUGCCGGCGGGCACGCACUUCGGCUCGGCUGUGUCGCUGGCGGAUGACGUGUUCAUGCGGCUGUGCGGCGCGGUGUCUGACCCGGCGAGGGGGCUGCGGCUGGCAGCGCUCACGGCACUGGGAGAUCUGCAUGCGGCGUCACUGCGGGUGAAGCUCCAGGCAUUGAGCAAGAAGAUAUCCCUGCGAGUGGGCGCGCCGCCGCCCCUGUUGUCAACGCCGCCUCAGCAGCAGCAGCAGCGGCCACUUCCGACGCAAACGUCCUCCGCGGCAUGGGGGGACGCGCCCGCACCCGGCGCGGGCGGCAGGGCGGGCAGCAAACGCGGCCCCGGCCAGGGCGCGGCGGCGCCUGGCGCUGUGCCGCCGCUGCUGCUGCUGCCGCCGCGGCCAGGGCCCGGUGGUGGUGGUGGACUUGCGGAACGGGGCGCGGCACAGGCAGCAGGAGGAGGCCUGGCAUCCAAACGCCUGGCGGCCUCAGUCUGGGAGCCCCAGUCCUGGCUGACUCAGGCGGCAGCGCCGCCGCCGCCGCCGCCGCCGCCACACGCCGCAAAUGCUGCAGCUGAGGAGGCGGCCGCGCCGCCUGGGCGUCACGGCAAGCGCCGCGGCGGCGGCGGCGGCGGCAAGGCCGGCGGCGGCGGUUGGGGCGACGGUGCUGCUGCCCAGGCGGCGGCUGUAGCAGCAACUGGCGGCGGCGGUGCUACUGCCACUGCUGCUGCCGCUGCUACAGCUGCUGCAGCUGCUACAGCAGCAGCGGCUACUGCCGCCUCUGACGACCUGGAGUUGUUGGAGCGGGCGGUGGGCGCUCUGGAGCUGGGUAGCGAGGAUGAGCAGUGGCAGGUGCGUGUGGCGGCAUUGAAUGCCAUGACCAGCCUCGCCCGACACGAGUACGGCAGAGCGCUCGAGGCGGCGGCGGCGCGGUCGGCGGCGGCGGCGGCGGCGGCGGCGGCGGCGGCGCCCACGGGUCCGUCAGUGGGGGCAGGCGCUGCGGCGGCGCUGUCGGUGCGCAUUGGCGGCAUCGGUGGGACUGCAGGGUCCAGGAUCGCGGCGGGGGGCGGGCACGCCGAAGCGGCGGCCGCCAUAGCUGAGGCGCUCGCUGACGCGCUGUUGGACGAGCUACCGGAGGUGCGGCGGGCGGCGGCGGCAGGGCUGCAGCAGCUGCUGGCGGCGGAGGCGGCGGCGCGGCGGCAGCCGCCGCCGCCGCACCCAUGGUCGCCAGCAGCGGAAGACGGCGCAGGAGCGGGGACAGGGGCGGGAGUGGGUGAAGAUACGGCGGCGGCGGCGGCGGCGGCGCAGCUGGCGCGGGUGCGGCGGGCGCUGGCAGUGCCGGUGCUGUUGGCGGAGGGCGGCGUGGCGGCGCUGGCGGCGGCGGCGGGGGACACCGACGGCCCCACGCGGCGGCGCGUGAUGGCGGCGCUGGGGUGCGUGCGGCCGGCGCGGCCGGGGCAGCUGCGGGAGGUGGUGCAGGCGCUCCGCGGCGCGGUCGCUGCCCACCGCUCCGCCGCCGACUGGCGUGCCGCCGCGCGGGCCGCGUGGCGCCUCGGGGUGGAGGCGCCCGAGGCCGCCGCCGCCAGCAUCCGCGACCUCGCACCCAGCGAGCAGGAGCUAGGGCCGGCCGUGAACGCGGCAGUAGCUGCCUGCGUGGCUGCCGCUACAGCCGGCUCUGGCGCUACAGCGGAUGCGGUGUCGCUGGAGUUGCAGCAGGAGGGACCGGAGGGGGCUCAGGCGAUGCAACAGCAGCAGCAGCAGCAGCAGCAGUUGCGGCACCGGCGGCGGGAGCUGGAGCAGGCGGUGCAGGGGGCGCUGCGUGCGGACGCCGCCUUGCGACUGCUGGUCCUGGCGGCGGCGGCGGCGGUGCAGGACGGCGGGGGCGGAGCCGGGGGCGGGGGGCAAGCUGGACGCAGUGCGUGUGCGAGUGCGGGUGCGGGUGCGGGUGGCGGUGCGGGUGGCGGUGCGGGUGGUGGUGCAGGUGCGGGUGGUGGUGUGGGUGCGAGUGGGGGUAGCGGUGCGGGUCUGGAGGGCAGCGGUCGUGAGGUGGUGGCGGUGCUGCCGCCGCAUGUGCCGCUUGCGCUGCUGCGAGCGGUGGCGGCGGUGCAUGGGCCGUGACGAUGGCGGCGUGACAGGCAGCGACAGGCAAGAGAGGGUGUGCGAUGGGACAGUUGUAAGGCAGGUCGGUGAAGUCCCGUAGGGUGCAGCUGAUUCCCAAACCCCAGCAGAUUCCCACCGACAGAUUCCCACCGACGAGUUGCUGGCUGGCUGGAAGUUUGCUGAUGCGCAUUCGCAGGCAAGAGAGGGUGCGGUCUUGUGGAGGCACACGGUGGCGAGAGCUGGGCGUGCAAGGCGCAACAUGGUCCCCUGUGAUUC